AUGGGCACAAGUUACUUCUUUACCACCGUAAAUACCAUGGCUGGACAAUCUUCAAACUAUUGUAUCUUGGGUAAUGACGUUGAUGUUAAUUUAAUUAACUGCGAGAUAAUACAAAAACCCGAAGCCGAUAUCAUGAUGACCUUUUGGAACGACUUGCAGAAGCUAGGUAUGGAAGAUGAUGAAAAUUCUUCGAGGAAAUUCGCAAUUGCAAAUCUAUCCCCUUUUGUUGAGAAGAUGCCUGCCCUGAACAAAGCUUCUCAUGGAUUCUUAACAGAGAGCGAUAUCAACGGAAUCAGCUCUAGUAGGAAAUACUCUGACAAGAUCAUUGAGGGUGCCAAUCGAUGGUAUGCACAAAACAAAUGCUUAUCGUUCCCAAUUAUCAAGGAAUUGGAAACCUUGGAACCUCUAUGGGAAAUAAACGAAGAGACCCAAGAAGAAAGUCUCAAAUUUUUGGGCUUUAACACAAACAGGGGAAUUAACAGAGGCAAUAUACGGACAAACCUACCUGACAUUGGUAGGAUUGCAUAUUGCGAUGUGGCAAUCGAUCCAUCCUUCAAUGAAAUUGUGACAGGAAAGCCACUUGACCAGAAGACAGCGACGAACCAACAUUUGGUUCAAGAAAUACUUAACAAAUACCUGGAGCAAUCGCAUUGUCCAGACGAAACACAUUGUGAUUACCAUUAUGAAUGGGCUUCUGCUUAUGUAUUUGAUAGAAUUCAAGAAAGAUUAGAGGAAAAGGCAUGGGAUGAUUGUUUGAACAAAAUAAGAAUUUUGCGAAAUCCUAAUAUGAUAGCGCCAGGGGAUUUUUAUUUGAAUGUUACGUAA